AUGGCGCCCUCGCGGCCAGCCUUCCUGGCGGGCCCGGCGCUGGGGCGGCCUCGCGGGCCGCCGGCGGGGCCUUCCUGGCGGAGCGCAGAGAGGCCAGAGACCGCUGGAGCCCCGGGCUCCCGCGCGCCGCUGGCGGCGGGCAUAUGCUCUGCGGCCGCGCUUGCGGCGCUGGCGGCGCUCGGGGCGGCCACGCGGGCCGUAGGGCGACGCGCCGCCGACAGAGGUGGUAAGUUCGAUGUGAGCAAGUACUACGCUGCUCCCAAGGACGAGGCGGCAAAGGAUUGGGUGAUGCAGCAGACGAUGUUCCGAGUCAAGGACCCGGAGCGGUCGCUGGAUUUCUACACGGAGGUCCUCGGGAUGCGGUUGAUCACGGUCGGAGACUUUCCCCAGUGGGGCUUCACCGUCUACUUCGUGGGGUACCCCCCGGAGAAGGACCUUGGCCCGGUGCCCGUGGACGACGCCGAGAAGUUCGCGUACUGCAUGCAGGUGCCCGGCUGCAUCGAGCUGACCUGGAACCACGGCUCGGAGGCGGAGGGCACCGAGAGGGUGUACAACACCGGGAACUCGGACGCGGUGGGGAGCGCGGACGGCAGCGCGGUCAAGGGAGGCUUCGGGCACAUCGGCAUCACCGUACCUGACGUGUACGCUGCCUGCCAGCGCUUCAAGGACAUGGGCGCGGAGUUCCACAAGUCGCCCAAUGCUGGUGGCAUGAAGGGCUUGGCCUUCGUGAAGGACCCGGACGGCUACUUGGUGGAGGUGUUGCCGAAGGGCCAGGGGUUUCCGUUCCCGACCCAGCAGGUGGACUGCUGUGGGGUCUCCCUGGACGGCGGCGGCGGGUAUCAGGACAACAGCGCGAAGGCGUCGUGA